CACACACACACACACACACACACAGAGAGACACACACACACACACACACACACACACAGAGGGGGGGUGCAGGAGACGGAGGUUCUCUCUAACCGGGAUUUCUCCCUUUGUUUUGUGGAUGAACGCCGUGAUACCGAGAUGUGGACCUUUUUAGGACGAAUUAUAUGUUUUCAGUUGCUCACUAUGCAGCCUUACUGCGGAAAAGGGUCCGAGACGGAGUGUGAGGACGGACAGUUUCAGUGUAAAAACAAGAGGUGCAUCCCGACUCUAUGGAGAUGUGACGAUGACGACGACUGUUCUGACAACAGCGACGAGGAAGAAUGUCUGAAGAGCACGUGCGACCCGGCGGAGUUCGCGUGUCAGAACGGACAGUGUGUGUCCAGCCGCUGGCUCUGCGACGGAGAACCCGAGUGCUCGGACGGAUCAGACGAGGCCGAGUCCACCUGCACCGUGAAACAGACGUGUCCUCCAGACAAGUUUGACUGCAGAGGGACCUGCGUGUCUCCAGCGUGGAAGUGUGAUGGAGAGAAAGACUGUGACAGUGGAGCGGACGAAGAAGACUGCGCUGCCGACGCUCGCUCCUGUGCUUCCGGAGAGUUCCAGUGUCGUAACCUGAAGUGCAUGUCUCCGGCGUACGUGUGCGACGGUGAUGACGACUGUGGCGACGGCACCGACGAGGAGCAGUGUUCCCCGCCGUCGUGCGGCCCGCUGCAGUUCCGCUGUAACAGCUCCGAGUGCAUCCCGCAGCCCUGGACCUGCGACAGAGACCCCGACUGCUUCGACGGAUCAGACGAGUGGGAGGGGCUGUGCGGCGAUGCAGACGGACGAACGCUAGCGCCGGCGGUUCUCAGGGUGGAGUGCGGUGCCGGAAUGUUCCGCUGUGGGAGUGGAGAGUGCAUCAAGCUGGCGUGGAGGUGUGAUAAAGAUCCAGACUGUGUGGACAGAUCAGACGAGUCGGACUGCCCUCUCCUGACGUGCAGGCCUGAUGAGUUCCAGUGUGGCGACGGCUCCUGCAUUCACGGAAUCAAGCAGUGCAAUAAAGCCUUUGACUGUCUCGACCGGAGUGAUGAGGCUGGCUGUGUUAAUGGUAAGAGUGUGUGUGUUGGGGGUUGUUUGUGUGUGGUGAAUGACUGUAAGUCAUCUUUUUUUGUCUUCUUCUCUACAGCCACAAAAUGUGAAGGACCUCUGAAGUUCCUCUGUAGAAAUGGAGAGUGUAUUGAUGGAGCAAAGGUGUGUGAUGAUGUCAAGGACUGCAAGGAUCGAUCAGACGAACCCAAGAGGGAAUGUGGUUUAAACGAAUGCACGAUGAACAACGGAGGCUGUUCUCAUAUCUGUGUGGAUCGACCCAUCGGCUACGAGUGUCAGUGUCCUGCUGGAUACAAACUUCUGGAUAAAAGGACAUGCGGAGACAUCGACGAGUGUGAGAACCCAGACGCCUGCAGUCAGAUCUGCAUCAACCUCAAAGGAGAUUUUAAGUGUGAAUGUCACUCAGGCUACGAGAUGGACCCCGUGAGCAGAACCUGCAAGGCGGAGGGUAAAAGUCCCUUUCUGAUGUUCACUAACCGACACGAGAUCCGGCGCAUUGACCUGGUGAAGCGGGAGUACACGCAGGUCGUCCCCACUCAGAAGAACGCCGUGGCCAUCGACGUGGACGUCACCUCCAACCGCAUGUACUGGUGCGACCGCUUCCAUCGCAAGAUCUACAGCGCCUACAUCCAUGAGGCGAGUGACCCGGCCCAUCACAUGACUCUGAUCGACACGGACCUGCUUUCCCCAGAGGGUCUGGCUUUUGACUGGGUCCAACACAACCUCUACUGGACUGACUCGGGUCACGGCACCAUCUCCGUGGCUUCGGCUGUCGGCAGCAGGAGGCGUGUCCUGAUUCGCACCGAACUGAGUGAACCGAGGGCCAUUGCUGUGGCUCCGGAGCAAGGGUUCAUGUUCUGGUCCGAUUGGGGAACGAGGCCCAAGAUAGAGAAGGCUGGGAUGAACGGCGUGGACCGACAGGUUUUAGUGUCUGAGGGCAUCGAAUGGCCCAACGGCAUCACACUGGACGUGGUGGGGAAGCGACUGUACUGGGUGGACUCAAAGCUCCAUCUGAUCUCCAGUGUGGACUUUAAUGGAGCGCAGCGCAGAGUGAUCCUGUCCUCCAGCGAGAGGCUCGGCCAUCCAUAUGCUCUCGCUGUGUUUGAGGAUCGCGUGUACUGGACGGACCGUGAGAAGGAAGCCGUGUACAGUGCGAACAGACUCACCGGGCAGGAUGUCACCAGCCUCGCCGAACGCCUCAAAGAUCCACAUGAUAUAGUGGUGUUCCAUCAGCUCAGUCAGCCCCAAGCUGCAGACAGCUGUGACCUGGCCGGUAUGACUAACGGUGGUUGUGCCUUCCUGUGUCUACGCGCUCCUCAGAUCAGCGCUCACUCCCCCAAGUACACAUGCGCCUGUCCUGACGGCGAGGAGCUGAGCCCUGACACGCGACUGUGUGUCGCCAUCCAGAACGUCACCGUCACACCGACGUUCCCCAGCUUUCCUCUGAACAGCAGCACUGUGGAGUCAGAGGCAGUGACGGAGGCAGUGACAGAGGCAGGAGUGGACACGGUGAACUCAGAGGUCUCGUUCAUCUCAGAGGUCGUGACCUUUAAAGAGAACGUCGUUCAAUCAGAACCAACUCUGAACAUAACAGUAGCGUCCACACAGAUCCCCACUGUGCUGCUGAGCACAACUACAGGAGAGACCACUAACCUGUCCCAUCACUCGGGAAAUGAGUUGUAUCUUCUGGGACACAGUGUACCUGUGGCUGUGCUCGGAGUUGGAAUUCCCAUUGUGGCAUUUGUGCUGCUUCUCUCUGCUUCCUGUCUGAUUUAUCGUAACUGGAGGCUCAGGAGCACCAAGAGCAUGAACUUUGAUAACCCCGUGUACCGGAAGAGCACCGGUGAAACCGAGGAGGAUGAGAUCCACAUCGGGAGGAGCGAGGGGCUCGCCACGCACCAACACCCUUACCCAGUGCCUGCGGUCGGCACGGCGACGUGUCCACCGUUCAUCGCUCUUCCUCUGGGCGGCGCCGUCACGGAUCCGGUCCCUCACUGGUACACAGAGCCGCCCACCAUCACCAGCGCCAAGUGAGCGUCAGCACGCCUGAGGGUUUCCAUGGGAACAGUGUUUAAAGUGUGUCAUGAGACACCGAGCUAAAUCCUGAGUGUCAAAAGUUUGUACACCCGCUAGAUGAUACGUAGCAGGGGUGUGUAUCUCCGGAAUGAUACGAUGUGUGAAUGAAGAAAUGUAAAGAAAGCAGUGACGUAAACGACUAGAGACGCAGUGCUGCAGAGACACAGUAGCCCCGCCCCCUUUACUCAGGAGAGAGAGAGAGAGCUAAAUAAAUGAAUAGAAAUUAGCUGAGCACAGUGACAAACGUAUGGACUCGCUCACCGUCACUGAGACGGGAGAGACGUGUGCUCACACACACGACGGGAGGAGCGCCAGGUCUGUAGAAUUUACUCAACACAGCAUCGUGUUGUGAGGAAGAAAGUUUCACCAUAAACAGUCAUAGAGGUCUUGAUGGACUUACAAACCUAUGCAACAGCAGGCUGCUGCAGGAAAUAACGUCUUUACACUAAGCAUUUUUAUUUAAUCACUUUAAACACAUAAUCAGCUUUUAUUUUUGUCCUUAGUGACUGCAGAAAAAACGCUAACGGAUAUUUCUGCCUUCGUCAGCCGUCUGUGCUCAGAUUGUUUGCAUUCUGACGGCAACAAAACGUGCUUUUACACGUGUCAUGACGUCCUACAGGGGAUUUGUAAAAACCCUCAAACUGAAAUCUCUCUCUCUCUCUCUGUCUCUCUCUUUCUCUCGCUCUGUCUGUCUGUCUCUCUCUCUCUC